GGCGCAGUCAAAGCAAUAAAGAAACGCCGAUAUACAUAUACAUAUAUCGUCUAUGGAAGAGGAGGGGGAAACAGCCAUGAAGACACACCACUUUGUUCUGGUGCAUGGUAUUGGAGGAGGAGGUUGGUGCUGGUAUAAAAUCAGGUGCCUCAUGGAGAAUUCCGGCCAUAGGGUUUCCUGUAUCGAUCUCACAAGUGGUGGAAUUGAUCUAACUGAUGCGGAUUCCAUCCACUCUUUUGAUGUCUAUAGCAAGCCUCUCAUGGACUUUAUGUUUGUGUUGCCCGAUCAGGAGCAGGUAAUACUAGUAGGACACAGCGCUGGAGGGCUGAGUGUAACAGAGGCAACUCAUAAAUUUGCAAAGAAAAUCCGUGUUGCAGUGUAUUUGGCAGCCACCAUGCUGAAGUUGGGGUUCCAGACGGAUGACGAUCUGAAAGAUGGAGUGCCUGAUCUAUCGGAAUUUGGCGAUGUCUACGACUUGGGAUUUGGAUUGGGCGCCGAUCACCCUCCCACCAGUGCCCUUGUCAAGAAACAAUAUCAGCGGACCAUCAUUUACCAUAAGAGCCCCCAAGAGGACUCAACCCUGGCAGGGAUGCUGUUGAGGCCAGGACCUAUCCUGGCAAUAACCAGCGCCCGAUUCACAGAAGGGCAAGAGGACAAGCUGGUGCCCCGUGUGUACAUAAAGACAGCACAUGAUCGAGUUGUAAAACCCCACCAACAAGACAACAUGAUAAACAAGUGGCCACCUUCUCAGGUGUACGUUCUGGAAACCGACCAUAGCCCUUUCUUUUCGUCCCCUUCUUCACUCUUUGGCUUGCUGCUCAAAGCUGCUUCUAACUACUCAUAGUCUAGCUAAAUACAGUGUCUAUAUAUAUAUGUAUGUCCAAGUUUCUGAUUGUAAAAACAAUUUUAAUUCACCGUAGAUGACAUCAAAUGAAUCAAAGUACUGUUUUUUU